AUGUCAGCAGCUGAUCCUUCCUUGAUCAUUUAUCACAAGGGUUUUGUUAUUCUCUAUAUGCUGGUCUAUGUGGAUGACAUCCUUCUCACUAGCUCUUCUUCGUCUUCUCUUGAUGAUAUAGUCGCUACGCUUGGUCGUACAUUCUCCUUAAAGGAUCUUGGCUCUGGUCGCUAUUUUCUUGGCAUUGAGAUCAUGCCACAACCUCAUGGUAUUGUUCUUACUCAACAACGAUACAUUCUGCAUCUCUUUAACCACACCAACUUGGCCGAAGUUAAACCUCUCACUUCUUCCAUGGAAGCUAAUAUUAAGCUUUUUAAGUUUAGUGGCGACUCUCUUUCUGAUCCAUUUGAGUAUCGGAACAUCGUUGGCACUCUUCAAUAUGUCACCAUUACGAGGUUCGAUAUCCCCUUUUCUGUCAACAAGGCUUGUCAGUUUCUUCAUUCUCCGACCAUUAAACCUUGUGCUGCUGUUAAGAGGAUCCUACGGUAUCUUAAACAAAUUGUUGAUCAUGGUUUGUAUUUUUACUCCACACCGGCUUUGCUCACUCUUCGAGCCUUUUCCAAUGCUGAUUGGGCUAGCUAUCCCAAUGAUAAACAAGCUAUUGGAGGCUAUCUCAUUUAUUUGGGUUGCAAUGUUGUUGCUUGGAGUUCUAAAAAGCAACCCACCAUUGCCUGA